AUGCAGAACGUCGAUAACAUCAGUCAACGAAAUGAGUAUCUCCAAGAACAACUCGAGCUCUUUCGCCACGAGCAGCAAGAUGAAGGCGUGCACGAGGCCGAAGUGGUUGCUGAGUUUGAACCUUUCUCGGCAGAGGUGCAAGAAGUCGCCUUUCCAGAUAACAUGAAGAACCUAGUGUUGGAAUCCUACAGCGGCAGAAUCGAUUCGAAGGAUCACCUUCUAUACUUCAACACAAAAAUUGUGAUCAGUCCAGCGUCAGAUGCGGUCAAGUGCAGGAUGUUUCCUUCUACCUUCAAGAGUAUGGCGAUGGCGUGGUGUACAACCUUUCCUCGCGGAUCAAUCACGAACUUCCGUGACUUCUCAUCAAAAUUCUUGAUCCAAUUCUCGGCGAGAAAAGUCAGGCUAGUAAUGAUUGACAAUCUAUACAAUUUGCGUCAGUUUGAAGGAGAAACACUGAAACAGUACAUGGCUCGCUACAACGCCACGUCUGUAAAGAUCGAGGACUCCGAGCCGUGCACCUAUGCCUUGGAAUUCAAGAAUGGACUGUUGCCUGGCUCGCUGAACAGUAAGCUGAGUGGGAAGCCAGCCAGGUCUAUGGUGGAGAUACGAGCUCGAGCAAACACGUACAUUCUUGACGAGGAAGAUGACGCGUUCAAGCGGAGGCAUGCAAAGAAGGAAGGUGACGGUGCUCUGGAGAAACAAGCAGGAAAGGAAAGGCGUAGCGAAGAAAAAGGCAUAGGAAGCAAGCACAGGGAGAAGAAGGGGAAGUCACUGGCGAAGUUUGUUAAGGAACAGCUGUACCUGCGGUGGGAGGCUUUAGAUCAUCGCCGGCCGUGGCAGCCACAUGGAUCUCACCGGUGGGAGGAGGACAUGGAGCUCAACACACAUUUGACAGAUAUUCUACGAGAGGUGAAGGCCACACACAUGGUUGGAGAAUCCGACCAGAGGGAACCCCCACCACGCAGCGGGAUCGACAAAACCAAGUGGUGUGAGGACCACCGGUCGGUGGGCCAUGACACAGAUGAUUUCUUCACCCUACAGAGGGAGAUAGAAAAGCUGAUCAAAUUGGGGCGGCUGAAGCAGUAUGAUCGAGGAGGCCGCCAACAGGGAGAUCGACAGCAAGGAAACCGCGACAGGGAGACCGCCAGCAAGGAGAUCGCCAACAAGGGAACCGUCAGCCGGCAGCGAAGAAAGAUCAAAACGAAACGUUGGCGACCGGAAGGGGAGGAGCUGAAGAAACCUUCAACAAGGAAAUGGAGCCGGUGGUCGGCACCAUAA